GCCGACGCUCGACGUCCGUUCAAAUUCACCGCUCCAACAGAUAUCUCUUUGGUUCGUACAUUCCGAUCCUCGAUCGAUCGCCAUUGCGGAAUGCCCUCAGAUCCACCCUCGAAUUGCCCUUUCACCUCUCUCUUCCACUGUCUUCCUGAAUGCUUCUCCCAAGCCGGGAUUUCAAUUUGAUUCUCUCUCUCUCUCUCUCUCUCUCUCUCUGUAACCCUAGCGAGGGAUCGCCUGCUUAUCUUCACCGACUUAAUUUCUCAUUGAUUGAUUGAUUGAUUGCUUGAUUUGUUCCCUCGUUUGUGUAUUUGAGUUCGGGAGCUAUUGGAAUUUAGGAUUGGGUUGGGAGAGAAUCCGACUAUGCCGUCGUCUGGGAAGGCCUCGAGCCGGCUGUUCACGAUCGGGCUGGUCACCUCCUGGUACUCGUCCAACAUUGGGGUGCUGUUGCUGAACAAGUACUUACUCAGCAACUAUGGCUUCAAGUAUCCAAUCUUCCUGACCAUGUGCCACAUGACGGCUUGUGCUCUGCUCAGUUACGUCGCCAUUGCCUGGAUGAAGGUGGUCCCCAUGCAGACCAUCCGAUCACGCGUCCAGUUCUUGAAGAUCUCCGCCCUCAGCUUCGUCUUCUGCGGCUCCGUCGUCAGCGGCAACAUUUCUCUUCGCUACCUGCCUGUGUCUUUCAAUCAGGCCAUUGGGGCCACCACUCCCUUUUUCACCGCUAUCUUCGCUUAUUUGAUGACCUUCAAGAGGGAGGCCUGGCUUACUUACGUCACGCUCAUUCCUGUUGUUACUGGCGUCAUCAUAGCCAGCGGGGGUGAGCCGAGUUUCCAUCUUUUUGGAUUUAUAAUGUGUGUUGGUGCUACGGCUGCAAGGGCGCUUAAGACGGUGCUUCAAGGGAUUUUGCUGUCUUCUGAAGGGGAAAAGUUGAAUUCUAUGAACCUCCUCCUGUACAUGGCUCCCAUAGCUGUUAUACUUCUACUCCCUGCAACAUUCAUUAUGGAAGAAAAUGUGGUCGGUAUCACCUUGGCCCUUGCAAGAGAUGAUGUCAAGAUUAUUUGGUAUCUCCUAUUCAAUUCUGCCUUGGCAUAUUUUGUGAAUCUCACCAACUUUUUGGUAACUAAGCAUACUAGUGCUCUAACUCUACAGGUACUAGGAAAUGCAAAAGGGGCUGUUGCCGUGAUUGUCUCAAUCUUAAUAUUUAGAAAUCCUGUUUCUGUAACUGGAAUGCUCGGUUACUCGCUCACCGUCUUUGGGGUCGUUCUGUACAGCGAAGCCAAAAAACGUAGCAAGUGAGAGACCAGUUUGGGAAUGCAUUGGCUUCAAAUGCCAUCAUUUCUGUUUUCUUGUUACAACGACUGGGGCAGCCUUUCUGGAAGCAAAGUUAUGACGAUCUGCUUCUAGUCGGCAUUUGUCAGAUUUGCCCCACCAAAUGCCCCUUUCCUUUUUCGGCUGGAAACUGGGGAGUAGUUUCCAUCUGUAUCAGCGUCAACCUACAUUUUAGUUAGUGUAGAAAGGUCCAAUAAAUUGAUCAUUUGUUUAUCUAUCCUUCCCCAUCUUGGAGAUAUGGAGGCAGAUCGUUUUUCUUAAUCCUUGCAAUUCUUUCAGGAAACACUUACUAGUUGCUUAUAUUGGUUACUCUUAAUGAAAAUCACUCAAGAUUAUACAAUUUUAUGCCCUGAGACUGAGAGUGACUUUUAUUAUGUGAACUUACUUGCGGGCAAAGUGAAUAGUAUUAAUGUUCAUGAUUUGAUAUU